GCACACUUGGCGAAUAAAGCACAUUCUGAUUCUGAUUCUGAUCAGAAAGUCCCUAUGUCCGAUUACUUUCAUUUUCGGUAGGCGUCAGCAUAGACAGAAAAUACUUGUUUCCACAGAAUCGGAGUAGAGAUGAUGAGUCUCUUUAUUUUCAUUCCAUGGUUUUUACAGACUGGUGUGUCUGGUGUCGAUACAGAGAGAGUGUCAGUGAUGGAGGGAGAUUCAGUCACUCUGAACACAAAUGUUAAAACAAACCAACAAGAGAAGAUUAAAUGGUAUUUUAAUAACAUUCGCAUCGCUAAAAUCAAUGGAGAUUUCAGUUUUAUCUGUACAGAUGUUCAGUGUAAUGAAGGAACUGAGAGAUUCAGAGACAGACUGAAGCUGGAUCAUCAGACUGGAUCUCUGAUCAUCAUGAACAUCACAAACACACACUCUGGACUCUAUAAACUGAAGAUCAGCAGCAGCAGCAGCAUCAGUGAAAAGAUCUUUACUAUUACUGUUCAUGAUGUUCCUGGUGCAGAGAUGAAUAGAACGAAGACAAAGUCAGUGAAAGAGGGUGAAUCUGUCACUUUAGAUCCCGGUGUAAUGAAAACCCCCAAAGAUUUGAUGACAUGGUACUUCAAUGACACAUGCAUUGCUGAAAUCACUGGAAAUCAGAGUAAGAUCUGUACAGAUGUUCAGUGUGAAGAGAGAUUCAGAGACAGACUGAAGCUGGAUCAUCAGACUGGAUCUCUGACCAUCAUGAACACCAGAAACACAGACUCUGGACUCUAUGAACUGAGGAUCAUCACCAACAGCAGCAGCAUCUGUCGGCAGCACAGCAUGAGCAUUAUCAGUGAAAAGAGUAGUGAGACUGUCAAUAAUUGGAUUGUGUAUUUACUUGCUAUAGGAGGAGUAGCUGUCUGUAUUCUGCUGGUGGCUGCAGGUGUAACUGGUGAAUGGCGUAGAAAACGCGCUUUUAAAAACAACAUCCUGCAUCCCUCAUUAAUACAUUUCUCACCUGAUGAUUAUAUAGAGGAUGAGUUUUAUUUACAGUAUGUGUAAUUCUGUCACAACCAUUUAGCUUUUAAACAAUGUUAAGUGUAAAGGGAUGUAAGCAUUUCAUUCAGGACAGUUGUAGUCUCACAUAGCCAGACCUUCAGACUGACGGCAGAAGGUCUGGACUGUAUCGCAGCUUUCAUUGGCCAAGGACCGCCCAAGAGGAUGUUUGACUGACAUGUAACGCAACCAAUCACAGUUCGUUUUGUUCCGCAUCAUGUUUAGGGGCAUGAAAACGUAAGAUUUAUGUCCUUACAAUAACAGACCGGCAUGCAUCUUAUAAAUGACUAAUUCAAGAACGUUGUGCAAGUUUACAGCAACAGUGGAGCCACGAACUUAAUGUACUUUUGAAAAUCCAGCAUUUAGUUGAUCCUGAUAAGCGCUCAUUGUCACAGUUGUUAA